CGUUCAUAAACACUAGGACAUUAUUUUCACGUGGAUCCUCAUCGAAUGUUUUUUUUUCUUGUUUUGUUUUGGUCCAAAAAUUUUUUCAUUUUUUAAAAUAAAAUGAAUUCAUUUAGAUUAGAUGAUAAUAUGAUGAAUACUCAACGACCACCAUUUCGAUUUGAACCACCUGGUUCUUCUUCUAGUGAUGAUUCUGACUGUGAUGAUAAUAAGGUUGGCAGUGGACGAUGUCAUCUUUUAGCCAAAAUUGAUGAUGAAAACAAUUUGGAUGAUAAAAUUUCAAAAAAUGACCUGAAUCCAUUUACACAACCAUCACCAAAACUAGCAAUUAUUGAUCAUAAACAAUCAAAUAUUAAGAAUAAAUUUAGUAUUUGGUCGGAAAUUCUUUUGGAACAACAAUUAACCGAAACAAUGGAUGAAACAUUACAGAUUAAAGAUCGACGUUCAGCAGCACGACGACGAAAACGAAUGCGAUUACAGCAAAAAGCUCAAGAACAACAACAGCAAUCGAAUGAUGACGCUGAAAAUUAUUUCCAAUGGACACAAAAAGAUUUUGAAAAGAAAUUUGGUAAAAAAAAUUCAAAUGAACAAAAACCAAAACGUAUACGUAAACCAGGAGUUGUCGGUGAAAUUGCCUAUAAACUUAAAGAAGCAAGAACCGAUAUUAUCAAAAAUAUUGUCGAUGUUCUUGGUGAACAACGUGCACGACAAUUAACAGCCGAAGUAUUAGAUAUCGUGGAUGUUGGUGGUAUUAUGAUUGAAAAUCAACAACGUAAACGUUCACCAGGUGGAACAUUAUUUUAUUUAAUUAAAAAUGAUUCAACAAUUACUGAUGAACAACGAAAAUUAAUAUUUGGUAAUCGUGAAAUACGUGAACGUAAUCGUCAGGUAAAAAAAUUAAAACAUAAACGUAAACAAUCGGUUGGUGGCAACAAAAACAACAACAGCAAAAAUGUUGUAAACAAAAGAAAAAAGAAUAAAAAACGAAAAAAAUGAUAAUUUUUAAUUAAC